AUGGCUCUGGGGAUUCUUGAACCGCAGGUCGAACACGUCCCAGGGACCGUGUACGUCUAUGAGACGGAACAACGACGUGCUGAGCUGUUGCAGACUGCUCGGCAUCUGAAGAAAGACAGGACCGGGCGAGUCAUUCUCGUCCCUCAACCCUCGGAUGACCCGAACGAUCCCUUGAAUUGGCCGUUAUGGCGUCGCGACCUGAUUCUUGGGAUCCUUUGCUUUGUCUCUUGCCUUGCCACCACAGCUUCUCCCCUCCUUGCCGCUGAUUCAACGACACUCGCGAUCGUCUUCAAGCGAACUUUUCAAGAUGCUGCCCUUCUCACGGCCUACCAUCUCUGCGGCGUGGGUGUAGCGGGGUGGCUGUUCGUCGCAUCCGCAAGAGUAUGGGGCAAAAGGCACUUGUUUCUCUUAGGAGCGCUGCUCAUGGUUGUGAGCUCUGCCUGGGGUGGUUCUACACAUAACGGUCAUAAUUAUGCAAGUCUAUUGUGGAGUCGCAUCUUUCAAGGAGUCGCCCUGGCGCCCUUUGAGGCCCUAGUCAAUGCCUGUGUGGGCGAUCUAUAUUACGUUCAUGAGCGUGGAAUUCGAAUGGCGGUCACAAAUACUUGCCUUUUUGGAGGAGCUUUCUUGACGCCAGUCUUCGUGGGUAUGAUCACGGCUCACAUGGGUUGGCAAUGGAGUUUCUUCUUCCUUGCCAUCUUCAUGGCAUUGGGAUUCUUCCUCGUGUUCUUCCUCGUGCCCGAGACGGCCUAUCGACGAGAACAUUCUCUUGAUCUUGACCUCCUCUCCGAAGAGGACUCUUCAAAGGAAACGGAUGGAGGAACUGAGACAUUGACUACAAAAGAUGCGGAAGAAAAGCCUCUGCACUCUUCAGCGCCUAUCGAAACAUCUCCCAAGAAUUCCUACUGGCAACAGCUAAUGCCAUUUAACGGUCGAAAAACCGAUGAGUCCUUCUUCAAGCUCCUUUUCCGGCCAUUCCCGCUGUUCCUACAUCCUGCAGUCCUUUGGGCUUGCCUGAUCCAAGGUGUGAUUAUCGGCUGGACUGUCAUGGUCGGAGUCAUACUCUCGCUGAUCUUUCUGGGUCCGCCUCUCUUCUUUAAUGAAGAGAGAGCAGGAAAGAUGUACACCAGUGCGUUCAUCGGCAGCAUCAUCGGCCUGCUCGGUGCUGGUUUGUACAGCGAGUUCACGACGAGGUUCAUGAUCAAACUCAACAGGGGCAAGUACGAACCUGAAUUCCGUAUUCUGCUCGUCAUUCCGACCCUCGUGUUCUCCUGCAUUGGUCUCUACGGAUUUGGUAUAACGGCCAACAAUGUGGCACGAUAUGGCUGGAUCGUCCCCGAGGUAUUCCUCGCUUUCAUUAUAAUCAGCAUGGUCAUGGGCUCCAUCGCCUCUGCCCAAUAUCUCCUUGACGCGCAUCGCGACAUCGCAGUCGAGGCAUUCACAAACCUCAUCAUCUUCAAGAACAUUUUUUCCUUCAUCUUGGCCUACCAUGCCUUCAAUUGGGUAUUCGCAAUUCGCAUCAACCAUUUAUUUAUCAUAUUCGGUAGCAUUGAGAUUGCGAUCUGUGUGCUGAGUGUUCCCAUGUAUAUCUUCGGGAAGAAGAACAGGGAGUUUUUCCACCGGCAUGAUCUCUUGAAGAUUACGAAGCUCAGAUGA